AUGGAAGGUUUUGAUCCUUUUGUUCCAGGAGGAAUACCCUCUCAUUAUAUUGCAGCAAGAACAUUGGGAAUAUUAGCGGGCCUAUUCUAUCUUAGCGUCCGUCCACCACAACCUCUAUACAAAGGAUUGUGUAUUGGAAAUAUGGAAACCAUCCUUUCCAUUAGUAUUGCUGCUGUUUUUUUUUUGCAGCUUUUGUUGUUGCCGGAACUAUGUGGUAUGGGGUACUUCCAGCAAGAAAUAUAUCGAAGAGUUAGUGCUGCGCUAGCAGAAAAUCAAAUUUUAUCAGAAGCCUGGUCUAAAAUUUCUGAAAAAUUAGUUUUUUAUGAUUACAUCGGCAAUAAUCUGGCAAAAAAAGGAUUAUUCAGAGUAGGUUCAAUGGAUAACAGGGAUGGAAUAGUUGUUGUUGGAUGGUUAGGACACCCUAUCUUUAGCGAUAAAGAAGGGCGUGAACUUUUUGUAUAUCAUAUGCCUACUUUUUUUGAAAUAUUUUUGGUCAUUUUAGUAGACGGCGAUGAAAUUGGUAGACCCAAUGUUCCUUUUAGAAGGGCAGAAUCGAAGUAUAGUGUUGAACAAGUAGGUGUAACUGUUGAGUUAUAUGGCGGUGAACUCAACGGUGUCAGUUAUAGUGAUCCUGCUACUAUGAAAAAAAUAUGCUAG